AUGUCCUCUGACGAAGGCGUUCGCAAGAAUCUCAUUAAGGCUGCUCAUCUCACAAAUCCUGAUGUUGGAAGUAAACAGUCUUCUUCUCCGCGCCAUAAAUUAGUAGCGUCUGAACAGAGUCGCUCUGAAAAUAGCGAGUCUGUUAGUCGUCGCCGCCGUAGGCAGUCUUCCUCAUCCCGUUCCACGUCUCCCAUUGUGACCAAGAGGUUCAAGAAUAUUCGAAGCGAAGAUGGAACACUCGUUUCGAAGGAGUAUUCGAGGCGAUGGUCCAGGCGGUCUUCUUCACGUUCUGUUUCUCCAUCAACGUCACCCAAGGAAGUUAAAAUGUCAGCAGCUAGUGACGGCUCAUCCAUGGACAAGUCAGCUGCCGCAGCCAGAGACGUAAACAUUUUUGGGAAGACCGGUGGUGCUUAUAUUCCUCCUGCUCGUCUGCGCCAAAUGCAGGCAAAAAUAACAGACAAGUCAUCUGAGGCCUAUCAACGUAUUGCUUGGGAAGCUCUCAAAAAGUCCAUCCAUGGACUCAUUAACAAAGUCAAUGUCUCCAACAUUGCUCAGGUCGUGCGUCAGCUUCUUUCAGAGAACAUUGUUCGUGGUCGAGGUCUGCUCGUCAAGUCUCUGAUCACCUCGCAGAUGGCGUCGCCUACUUUCACGCACAUUUUCGCCGCUUUAAUAGCGGUUGUUAAUACCAAGUUUCCACAGGUUGGGGAGUUGCUUCUAAAUCGAUUAGUUAAUGAAUUUCGGAAGGCUUUUCGUCGGAACCAGAAGGAUCGCUGCUUGACUACAGCAAGGUUUCUUGCUCACUUGGUGAACCAGAAGGUGGCUCACGAAUUGAUAGUGUUAGAACUCCUUACUCUUCUUCUGGAACAGACCACAGAUGACAGUGUUGAGGUUUCGGUAGCGGUGUUGAAAGAGUGCGGCGCUUUCCUUUCGCGUGCAGCACCUAAGGCUCUAGCCGGUAUCUUUGAGCAUCUCAGGCGCAUUCUAAAUGAAAGUCAGUGUGAUAAGCGUAUCGCUUAUAUGAUUGAAGUCCUCUUUCAGGUAAGUAUCACCACAUAA